AUGAGAAGCUCAAUAGUAAUUCAACUGAGUACGCUGUCGGUGGGUGUACUCGGCGGUGUAGUGCCAGGACCGUAUUACGUCAAUAGUACUACCACUAUCGGAACACCACGGCCACACAUCCAUGCUCCUGGGCUACCAACACCACCGACUACCUUGUCAGCAUCGAUAUCAGACUCCAGCACAGCCAUCGUCGCCCCCUACCCGACCUCAUUGUCAAAUACAUCUUUUGUCGAUGCUUCGCCCUCUUCGUCAACUGCAUACGCAGUCUCCAGCUCCUCGCCAGAAGUAUCAACAGUGACGCUGUCAGUAUCAAGUUCGCUCAAUGUUACCACACAAAAUGCCACACUCAUCUACUCGCCGCUUGCAAGCUCAGCAACCGUCACCUCACCUUCGUCAAUCCCCACUUCAGAGUAUCCUCCCGUGGUAGUGAUAGUCGUCGCCGAAACGGUGUAUGCCACAGCACAACAACCAAAUUCGACUUUUGCUUACAAUGCGACGCUUCCGACGGCAACGACUUCCGAUUGCUUAACUACUCUUCCAGCAUCCGCAAAUCAGAGCUCUCCCAGUGUUGUGCCUCCAUCUGCUACCGUCAGCAGCAUCCUUCCUGGCCUAGCUCUGGCAGCUGAAAUCGGCAUAGGUGAGGAGCUGGCUAGCUCCAGCAUCGAUCUUGGGCUUCUGUCGUCUAUCCUCCUCCCAGAUAGCUCAACCAUAAAUCUCGGACUUCUGUCAUCCAUCCUCCUAUCCGAGGUCACUCAGCGAUCAGUUGGGACAACCUAUACGACCACUACGACGACCGUUAUCUUUACCCCAACCCCCCUAGUUCCUUCUCCGUCAAGCACCAACCCAAGUAUAUCGGGGACGACAACAACGACCGUGGUUGCGCCCACCACCGCAUCCCCAUCCGCGUCGAUAGCUUCACCGACUUCGACAUCAACAAGCGACUCAGUUGUGCCGUCGUCAUCUGCAGUAGAGUCGAGGUCAGCCCCACCAUCAGAAUCGCCAUCCACCAUCCUCUCGACAGUCACAGUCACGACUCCAGCACCAUCAUCUCCAUCUAGCACCGAAUCGAACGCGGAAUUUCCCACGGCACCACCAUUCUCAUACAACCCCUCCGCCUCCCGUGGCUCUGCAUCUCCCAUUUCACGCCCUACACCCGAGCCCUCCAGCGCGAACGUCGCUGGUUCGACGCUCAGCACUGCCGCCACACCUACCUCAACGAGAAUCUCACAGUAUGGCACCGGUGUUCCGCCUGCGCCCAGUGCGGCGGGCGCAUCGGGUGUUUUGAGUGAGAGGAACAAAGAGAGGGUUUGGUGGGUGGCUUUCUUCGGUGUAGCGAGCGUAUUCUUUCAUUAG